ACUCGAUCAAUAUCGGACACUCAAUUAUCUGCCUCAGGUAUCCAAAAUAGGCCAAUAGACACGGGUUGAAAGUGGUUGGUUGGAAUUGAGGGAGGGAGGGAGGGAGAAUGAGCACAAUAAAAGAAUCUCCGGCGGUGGCAGCUGCCUCAGUCUCCAGUGAUGUACCAACAGAAUACUGCGAAGUAGUCGCUGAAUUUUUGAAGCGUAUGGGAGCCGCUCAAACUAUCAAACCACAACACAACGUUGACGACUCUUUCUCCAACCUUAUCGGAGGACUUCUUAAGGUUACCUCUAUCCAAAGGGGUAAAAUCUCCUGCUUUCUCCAUCUCAAAGCUCCAAUUUUGAAUGCUUAUGGUGGAAUGCAUGGAGGUGCAGUUGGGGCUGUUGCUGAGAGGGUUGCCAUUGCUUGUGCUAGAACAGUCGUUGGAGACGACAAAGAUCUCUUCCUUGGAGAACUUGGCCUCUCAUAUCUCUCUGCUGCUCCACAUAAUGCUGAAGUUAUCAUUGAUGGGAAUGUAGUGAGGAGCGGGAGAAACAUAACAGUGGUUGCAGUUAAUUUCCGACUAAAGGAAUCAAGGCGGCUGGCAUUCUUGACUCGUGCCACAUUCUACAAUAUGCCCAUGCCAAGUUUGUGAGAUUAUCAAUCCCAUACUUGACAUCUAUCGGGUGAAAAUGGGUCAUUAUUAAUGCAGUAUACAUUCGAUUAGCUCUACUAGCAAAGCGGAAGGGGUAUAUGUUUAUACUCAUGGCUUAUGAUCUAGAUGCUUUUCAAUGGCUAUACUUCCAUGUUCAAAAAAUUUCUUGCCUCUACCUGCUUUUGAAA